GCUCUCCAACACCACAGCCAUGGGCAAAAAGGGCCAGCUGGUGAUUGGACCUGCAGGCUCUGGCAAGUCUACCUACUGCGAGACCAUCCAUCGAUACUGCUCGGAGCAGGGUCGGACGGUCCAUGUGGUCAAUCUCGACCCUGCGGCCGAGGUGUUCAACUACCCGGUGGCUGUGGACAUCCGGGAUCUGAUCAAGGUUGACGAUGCAAUGGACGUGCUGCACUUUGGGCCGAACGGCGGCCUCAUCUACUGCAUGGAGUACCUGCUGGCGCACUCUGAGUGGCUGGAGGACGCCAUCGGCGACUUUGACGACGACUACCUCAUCUUUGACUGCCCCGGGCAGAUCGAGCUGUACAUGCACGUGCCGAUGGUCAAAGCACUGAUGGGCAUGCUCGACCGGCUCGGCUACACCAUCGCCUCGGUUUACGUCAUCGACUCGCAGUUUGUGUCGGACCCGGCUAAGUUUAUGUCAGCCAAUCUGAUGUGCCUCUCGGCCAUGCUUCAGCUCGAACUCCCACACGUCUCGGUCCUCUCCAAGGUCGACAUUCUCAAGGCACAGCACGGCGGGGAAGAGCCCGAGUUUCUAGAGGACUUUCUUUCGCCGGACCCGCUGCGGCUGAUGCAGAAGAUGUCGUCCAGCAUGGACUCCAAGUUCUACUCGCUCACCGACGCCAUUGCCGGUCUGCUCGACAACUUUUCCAUGGUCUCCUUCCUUCCGCUCGACAUUACCGACCAGGACUCGAUCGACUACGUCCUCUCGACCAUCGACUACGCCAUCCAGUACGGUGAGGAUCUCGAGCUCAACGAGCCUGCCGAGCUGGAGGAUGAGGUCGACUUGCAGGACGCGCUCGCGGCGUGGAGCCGCCCGUGACGGCUUCAGCCUCUCGUGCUUACGAGAACGUCCACUCGGACUCGUUCGGAUUGUCCAGUCCGGCGUAGUCGUCGCGCCGCGGGUCGGCGCAGAAGAUGUAUCCGACAAGGAAGAUGACCGAGACGAGGAGCAUGGCGGUGCCAAAGCCAAAGAGCACCGCAGCCUCAGUCAGGUCCAUGGUCUUGGCCAUAAACCCAAACACAAUCGCCACA